CGUCCGCUAGGCGACGAACCUCGAUCAGAGAAACUUUGACUAUGUGUAUUGUAUCCCCUAUAAAAGGGGCGAGACCCCUCAUUGUAAUGGAUCCAAGUUUAGAACAAAUAAACUCCUACUUUGCAUUCUCUCUCUCUCUAAAACUUAUAUUAUUAUUUAUUCUCGGUGGUUUAUAGCCAUCAAAUUGGUGCUUUCAUUGAGAGCGGAGAAACAUACUCGUAGGUUAACUCUCGGAAGCGAGAAUGGUGCAUACAAGGAGCAACGUCCCCACCACCAGCCAAGUAGUUGGCGAGGAGAUCGCACCGGGCAGCGGCAACGGUACGGGCGGCAUCGGCUCGACUCCGGACGCGGUCCAGGCGCUGUUCGGCUUGGGGGUGACCACGGAGCAGCUCCAGGCAGCCGUCGCGGCACUUUCCGCCAUGGGUGGGAACAUGCCCGGCGCCGGAGCUGUUAAAGCUCCACCCGGUCCCCAUACCGAACACGCUGCCACUUCCCAGCACAAGGGGAGGAAAACCCGAAGGAGCAGGAGGAGGCCCGGCAAAGCCCAAGUGUUCGAGGAGGUGAUAGUGAAGGACGUUCCCGAAGGGGAGGACGAUGAGUCUAGCGAAGGCCGAGUGUCAGCCUUCAGACGCUUAGGAGGUGAAGAGACUCGGGUGUCAGCCUUUAACAGGCUCGACCACGAACCGGAUGGUCGCCCGGACGACCUCCGCCGACAAAUAACCGAAGGGAGGCGUAGGCAUGCUGAGGAGUCCGCAACGUCGGAUGCUCACUCGGAGCGGAGCGGAGAGAGUCGGGAAGAGUGCACCCAGCGUCGCCACAGCCCAACCAGAACUGAGAAGACAAAGGCCUCUGACCAAGGGGUAUCUCGACUCGCUUGGGAGAUCGCCGAGCUCAAGCGCCGGGUAGAGACCAGGGCUCCUUACAACCAGCCCAUCUUGCGGACGGUAACCCCGUUCACUCCGAGGGUCAUGUCGAUUCUGUUACCGGUGAACUUCCGGCCGUGGCAGAUCAAGGCCUACAACGGAACGACGGACCCCCAAGAUCAUUUGUCUAAAUUAUACGCUUCUAUGGAAGCGGCGGCAGCCCCGGAUGAAGUCAAGUGCAGAUGUUUCCUCGCAACGCUGGAAGGCUCCGCGUGUGAUUGGUUCAAUCGACUCCCGAAUGGAACCAUUGACGACUGGGAUACACUAGCGGAGAAGUUCCUAACACACUUCGCGGCCAACAGAAGGCAAAGGCUGCCCUACUCCCACCUGCUCAACAUAUGCAUCCGCAAAGGAGAGAAGGUCCGCAACUUCAUAGUCCGGUGGGAGAAGGAGGCUAGGGACGUGCACGGGGCGGAUGACCAAGUUGUCAACAACAACGACAAUUCCUUACAAAACCUCGUUGAAGUACCAUACAAGGAAAUCGACAUUAUCCUUAGUAUGCACUGACUGAACGUCGUUGUUGUUGACAACUUGUGAUGAAGAAUUCCUCAACUAAAGGCCAAUGAUGGUAACAUCAUAAGAGGUGUGAGUAUAGAGAGUAAAGUAGUGUUCUCAAU